AUGGCAUCAGACGAGGAUUUUCUUUACAGGAUAUAUGGCUCCCUUCGUCUACAGUAUAAGCAACUACUGCAGGGCCAGUUCCUUUCCCUUCAUAGUAGGGGAUGGAACCACACAGACAAUGGAAACUCCCUUGGAAUGCACAAAGACAAAGUUACCACUGUAACCAGAGCUCUCCAGAAGGAUAGUGGCAACUACCAGCUGGAUGGUGGGAUAACCGAAGAAGCCAUGAAGCACAACUGUCUGCUGGCUAUCAGUAGAAGUCCACCAUGCUUCUCUGGUUUAAGUAGAGGUGUUGUCUUGUUCCACUACAGAUGUCAGGAAGUUCAAGCAGCUAGUGGACAUUUGCAGAAUGAAUCAUGGGGCACCACUUUUCAUUUUGACAAAAACAACUGCUGUUCAGUUAAAAAGAUGAUGCUGAUCAAAUGGGUGGAUAUAGAAAGUGAUCUCCUGCAACUGUUGCCAAAAAGGCUCCGCCAGCGGUUUGUUCUGGGAGGCGCAUUCGGUGUCUUCACCGCUGGCAUCGACACCAACGUUGGGUUUGAUCCCAAGGAUCCAUAUCGCACGCCAACCGCAAAAGAGGUCCUCAAAGAUAUGGGGCAGCGAGGCAUAUCCUAUGCAAAGAACUUCGCCAUUGUGGGUGCCAUGUUCUCCUGCACCGAAUGCGUGGUAGAAUCUUAUCGUGGAAAGUCAGACUGGAAGAAUAGUGUUAUUAGCGGCUGCAUCACAGGAGGAGCAAUCGGCUUCAGAGCUGGUUUGAAGGCAGGGGUUAUCGGCUGUGGUGGAUUUGCCGCUUUCUCCGCCGCAAUUGAUUACUAUCUGCGGUAACAGUGGGAUCCCUUGGGAGCAAGUUUCCCUUUUGUUCCAGCGCUGCUGCUGAGAGCCUGCAUCAUGGCAGAAGAACCAUCAGGCUUACCUUUCCGUUGCCUUUGGAGUCCUGAUCAGUGCAAGCUGGAUGGCGUUGGCUGCUUUUCCUGAAUGACUAACAAUAAUCUGGCUCUGAGCCCUGGCGUGCUGCUUCGGGCAGACUUGCGGGAGUAUGGAAGGAUGGAGCCAGGCGCAGUGAGCAGUAUCUCCAGGACGGAUCAGCUGACUGUCAGUUUCCAGGAAACAAGCCUGGACUUUGAGCUUUUUCGAUCCUUUGGGUCUGAUUUUAAUUAAGUCUGUUGCUAGCAUCAAAAGAGGCAGGAGGACAAUCUUCAAAAAAAGCAGUGCACUGAUUUAGGUUACUGUGUAUUUGAACGUGCUGCAAGUGUUUUUACAGUUAUCAGUUUGCUGCUUGCUACUCUGUUGGGGAGAGGUAAGAUCCUGUGGAGAAAUAGUUUGUUCCAGGCUUUUCUUAAAAUACCAGCUGAAGACAAACCACCAUCUGUACAACUUGUCUUAUUUCAAGUACAGAGAUGAGAGCCAGAUUUCUUUACCAUGUCUUAAAGGGAAAAGCAAAAAGGAAUCCUUAGCCUUAGAACUGUGUGGUUACUGGCAGAUGAACAAAACAGUUUAAGGGGGGAAAAAAGAGGUAGUUGCAGAAGUAUAAUUCUCUGUAGCCACUUGGCUAGCCUGGUUUAACCUCGCUGUGGGAGUACACGUAAUCUUGCUACUGCUUUAACUGCCUCAGGCUCACACCAUUAGUUCCAGCAGUUUGAUGGUGAGACUAGAAAGCAGAGUUGUGAGAAUAAACCACUGUUAGACAGA